UAUAAAGGCCGGCGAGCGCUGCGCAGAACCCAGCCGGCUGUUCCCUGGGUGACUGCGAGACAGCGAAGGUCUUCAUCCGCCCCGAAGAUGGACUUGUGCUUGAAUGUGAAGCUGCUGACAGGAGAGAUGCACUCCCUGAACAUCUCUCCUAGCAGAACCAUCUGGGAUCUCAAACUCCAAAUUGCCCAAAAAGCUGGGGUGCCACCAUAUCAACAGAAACUAGCCUGCCAGAACAACAGCUACAUUGACCUGCGGGAUGGGGCCCAGCUCUCUGAGUUUGGGCUGAAAUCUGGAGAUAUCAUUGUGCUGGUGGUAAAAAAUGAAGAGUCCAUCACCAUCUUCCUGAGAAAUGACAAGGGCAGGACCAGCACGUACCUGGUCAUGCCUUCGGACCUGGUGGACAACUUCAGGGCCCGGGUUCAGCAACAAGAGAACAUCCCAACAGAACAGUUCUGGCUGACUUACGAUGGGAGGGCUUUGGAGAAUGGUCAUAAGCUGUCAUAUUACAACAUUGCCCCACACAGCACCAUCUUCUUAAACAUGCGUCUACGUGGUGGCUGAGACUUGGGGCUGGGUUGGCCAAGCAUCCCUCCUGCUCUUAGCUCAGUGUUUAGAAAAUCUUUUCCAUGCUAUUUUUUUGGGGUGGAUGCCCAAUAUUGUAAUUUACUUUAAAAAAUGAUGCACACAGAUUCUUGUAUCCAGUCACGCGCACACAUCCUGCUUGUUGCAUGCAAAUAUCUUGUCAUCUGGGAGCAGUAAUUCCAACACUAGCACGGGAAGAGGGUCACCCUCUCCUAAAGCCAACACAUGGAGGCAUCUUAGCAACAGCUUCUUCCAUCCAGGACUGAAAUAAACUUAAAGUUCUUGCCAGUGUUGUCUCUCUUGGUGGGUUCAAAGCAGACGAGUGGCACUACUGCAGCUGCUUUCUUACCUUUAACACUGUGCCAGCUGGUACCAGCUUACCUUCACCCCUGCCUUUUCCCCAAAUUGUGCAGCAUGCAGGAAUGCAAAGAGCGACCGCCUGCCCAUCAUAUGCGAAUCAGUCACGGAUAUUAGCCAAGGCCAUCUGACAUUCUAGAGCUUGGCUGAAGGGCAUGUCUGCCUCAGGAUCCAGUCUGUCCCUGGAAUGUUGUGCGUUCGAGUAGGUCCUGCCCUGGACUUGACAAACCACUGCCUAGGAGAAGCCCCUUUGUAAAAGAAAAUGGUAAUUUAGUUCUGAAUUUUUCUCUUGGAUACCAAACUAGAUGGCGUAAACAUCUUCCCACUCCUUGCUUGGUCCUGUUUAAAUGCUUCAACAUGUUAACUCAAUGUUCCACUUGUAUUUUUUAAUCCAUUUCUCUGUUCUGUUCAGGCUACUUUUAGCAGUUGUUAUAUUAAUAAAAAUAAAACUGCCAGAAA